AAAUUCGCCGAUUCCGGGCGAAUUUGAAAUGCGAAUUUUAUACUUUUUUUUUCUUCCGCCCCGGGGGAGCGGGAAACUUAAAUACGUUCCGUUUUAGGUGUUAUUGUGUAAGUUUGUUCUCUUCGUUCGGUGGUUGUGCUGCGGGGGUAACACAAUGCUGUCCACGAGCGACUACGCAUUUGUCGUCACAUCAUCGCAAUCAUAUUUCGUCAUUGCAUUAAUUACAUUUCAUUUUAUUUCUUGACAAAAACUACUUAAAAAAAAAUUAUUGGAUGCAAGUCAAUAGAAAAUAAGGCGGCAAAUUUAUACAUUUAUUUUUGUUUUCUUUUUAGCACGCGCAAAGGAGUUUGAAAGGCUGUACGAGGAAGUCUAUGGCAUAUGGUCCUUAGAGUGGCGGCUCUGAGAUUCUAUAUGUCUAUAGUCAGUUAUGUAUAAAGAGAGAAUGUUCCAUAGAUUUGUGCGUGCUAAUAGGAACACAAAAAAUAUUUAUUUGUACAGAUAAACUCGUAAAUUUCGUUACGUACCAGGAAACGUUGAGCUAAUUUUUGCAUGCAGCGUUGAAAGUAGUUUCAAUCCUAUGUUUACAUACAACAUUUCUAUGUUAGAAUGGAAUUUGAAGUAUUCUUUACAAUGUGCGUGCACUAUGUAAAGAAUUUAAAAUCAAAUUUCAAAAAGCUUCACUCGAAAAAAAAAACAAAAAACGGUAUAAUUUUAUAAAGCAAAGAGUUUUUAAUCGCCUUUUAUUUUUAAUCCACAGACACACGCCGCCACAGCCACUUCAAAGGUCUUAGCAUCAUAAACUUCAGGUUUAGCAACAAGGUGUUGCAAAACGAGGUGCACGAGGCAGUAUUGAACCUGCACCUCCAGGAGUUGGAGCCGCGUCUGAACACGACCAUAGACCCUGAGGAGCACAUAACCAUAAACAUGCAAGUCAGUAGAGUGACGCGGAAUAGUCAAGGAAGUAAGGCGUCGGUGCCAUAUAGUGAUAACUCCGUGAAGUUAACCAGAAGGGAGCUGAGGGUCGGGAAAUGGCUUAAGGUGAACGUGACCACCAUGGUGGCGGAAUUCUUCAGGCUCCCGCGGGAGUUCUUAGCUAUAAUUGUGAGAGUACAAGACUCCAGGAAUAGAAUGAGCUUAGUCGUUCCGCACCCGAGUUCAGAGUCAAAUAAUGCACUGGUACCCUAUAUAGAAGUUAGUCUUAAGGACAAUUCACACACGCGUACCAGACGCACAAUCGGCAUGGAUUGCACCGAAAACACAAAGGAGGUGCGAUGCUGCCGAUACCCCCUCGUCGUGAACUUCGAGGAGUUCGGCUGGGACUGGAUCAUAGCGCCCAAGUUGUACGACGCGAACUACUGCAGCGGCGAAUGCCCGUACAGUUUCCUGCAGAAGUUCCCUCACACGCAUUUAGUCCAUUUAGCCGCGCCCCAAGGCAGCGGCGGCCCCUGCUGCGCCCCCAGAAAAAUGAGCAGCAUCAGCAUGUUGUACUUCAACAAUGAUCUGAACAUCAUAUACGGGACUAUACCAGGCAUGGUCGUUGACAGCUGCGGCUGCUCAUAGCAGGCGGUAGCUUACCCUGGCUCCUCACGAAAGUGAUAGUAAAUAAAUCUUCCAAAAUCUCUUUCAGUCAUGAUCUCUUUAGUCAAGUGUUGCCGCAAAAUUAAAAAGCAUUUAUUUUUUUAUUAGUUUAUGUUUUCGGCCUAGCAAGUCACGCUGUGUUCUUUGAAAAAAAAAAACUAGGAGCCUUUUUAUUAGUGUUGUGUCUAUCGCUAUGUGAUAUUUUGAAGGUUGAAGACUGGAUAUCUAAGUGUUGUGUGUUGCGGUGCGAGUGACCAUAAAUGUAAUAUAUUUAACAUUUGUACCUACAAAAUAGAUUAAUGUCAUCUUCUCUCAUACUGUUAGCGCUGUAAAUGAGAUUGUAAAGAGGUUUUCGGUCAGAGUUUGUUUUAAGACCACGACAAGUGUAAUCUGGAAAAUUUAGCGCACUAAAACUUAUGUUCGGCUAGUAUUAUUGAUCUAUUUGUUAGCUUAAUCUUAGUGUCAUUAUGUAACGUGUAAAGUAAACAUUCUGACUCUUAAGCCUGUACCUUCAUGCAUUUAAUUAUUUCUCAUUUUAUGUAAGCAGCAUUGCAAAGGAAAUGUUCCCUUAACUUUCCUCAUCAAUUACAGAACAUAUUAUUUGUUCGUAGAUUUUUUUUUAUAAUUUCAUCAAAGAAAAACCAGGAAUUGUCAAAUUUUGUUUUUCUUUUUUUUGAAAUGGCUUGCUGUGUGGGUUACUGCGAUUCAGCAAUUACCAAGUGGUUCAAAAUUUAUUACUUUAAAUAUUUCUGCAUUUUUAAAACACAUGUCAAAUCAGGUGCUAUCAUUGUCAGCCUAGAUAUAAAGUAUGUAAUGAUUAGAAAACUUGAGCACAUUUUGAUGCUCUUCGAAUUAAGUGUAUACAAUAUAGAAAUAUUCAGGGAUGGAGCAUGCUUUAGCAAAUUACAGUGUAUGUUACCUAUAAUAAGCAUAUAUUUUUUCUUUUUCCCAUGGUUAAACUCGUAUGUCCAACAGAUAUAAUUUGUCUUGUGAUCUAACUGUCUUGUUUAAUGAAUACGAAUUCAGACCAGAGACCAAUUUUUAAGAUUUCUAUCUUAUUUUUUUUUAAUUCUGAAAUUUUAUUUCUCAAAAUGAAGCAGUAGUCUAUUGUCGAGCCUUCAUGAUUUAAUGAUCUAAAUCUUGUUCAUCUUCACAAACAACAAGUAAGAUCCAAUCAUUAAAAAUAAUUAUAAAAGAGGAGCUCGAUACUUGAAGGCACUUUUCAUGAGUUGAUCAUUUAAAAAAGAAAAUAAUUAUCUUUGAUGAUCCCAAAAUUCAGUACAACGCUGUGUUCUCUUUUUAAAUACGCCUAAUUAUUACGCUAAUGUCAAAAGUUGCUUCAAUUAUCGGCUCGACUUCAGAUAGCCGUGGCGGAGACGAAUAGUUUAUUUUUUUUAUUAAAUCAAUAAUCUUUUUUAUUUCAACCUUUGGCAGUUUCGUUGUGAGGAGCGCUGAUAGUGGCGUAUGUAAGUUCAAUGAUAAUGCAUUAAUUAUAUUGUUUUAUCAAGCAUUGCUUCGUUGGUCUCGAUUUUUAAAUGACGUUCUCCUUUGCUACAAGUCCCUUAGCAUUCAUAGAGAGUUGCUGUCGAUUUGCGACGUUUUAGAUAACUUUGUCUCCAUCCCUAAAUACUUCUAUUGCGUCAUCAGAUUUUAAACACAGUUCAGGAGAUAAGCCUAAGUCGUCUCCUGAAAGUCUUCGUUAAGAAAUUCUUAAUCGAAACGUUUCCCGAGUUAACUUUAAUCAUUAAACAAUCUUAAGAAAAUUUAUGUUUAUAUGUAUGGAUAAGAACAGUUAUUUAUUCAACAUCAUUGUCAUCGUCAUCUUAAUUAUCGCUAAUUACACUUCAUACCUACAUUUUUUGCAGCUAAAGUCUAAAAAUUUCUAUGCAGUAUUCCUAAGGAUUAAUGCCGCGUUUAAAACAAAAUAUGAAUCGAGUCUUAAAAUACAUCAACAAAUAACAAAAUUAAAGAAUAUGCACCAAAAUUAUGAUAGACAAAUUUAUUUAUUUGCUAUAACUUUUGUCUAGUUUUUCUUUCUUUCCAUGAAUAAAAAAGGCUAUAGUUUUUAUAGACUUUAUAUUUCGACAUUGGAUAAAACUCAUGUUUGUUUUCCUUUUAGCAUUUUCCAUUUACUUAAUAGCGACCACAAUCAGGAAUGUCAAUUUUAUUUAUUUAUUCAUUAUUGUUUUCGCAAAAAGUAAUAACACCAGCUUUAAUCAUACUUAAAAGUUAACGAUUGACAUCUCUGAGGCGUCCGUUAUUGAUUAAUUUCUCGUAAACUCGUCUUACUCAGCUUCCCCGCCAUUUCCAGUUUCUGUCAUUUCUCCUUUACAUAUUUUAAUGCAACUUAUCUCUAAGUAGGUUAUAAAAAAUUCAAUGUGUUUCUAUUUUUAAGCAUAAAUUCUUACGAAAACAAAUCUAUAUUAAAAAUAUAUGUAUGUGUAAUUAUAUAUAUCCUAGCGGGUGGUACUUUAAUAGGUUUUUUAUAUAUAAAAUAUAUUUUCAGUGCCUACCCAACAAUUGUUUAGACACAUACUUAAUUGUAAUGUGACGUAUUAUUUUGGCGUGAUUUAAACAAAUAUAUGAUGAUAAUAAUUAUUAGUUUGAGAUGAUAUUUUUUUUAAUGUAAUAAUUAAGUUUUAGAAAAAUUGUCGGAAGUUAGAAUUUCAAAAAAAUUAUAGAUCUCAUUUUGAGGCAAAUUUGUGCCUUUCUAAAGAUCUCCAUUGCUUUUGGUUAACCAACAGAAAAACGAAAUGUGUUUUUUUAGUCUUUAAGUUUGUCGUCGUAACUUGAUUAUUAUUGUCGGAAAAAGAAAAACUAACAUUUUGUCGUGUUGUAAGCUCUACGAAAUAAAUUUCAACUCAUAUUUUUUACGAUUUGUAUUAUUUUGUGGGUGUAGUCUUUUUAUAUGGAAAUAUAUCUCUAUAAAAAAUCUGUGAUUUUAUUGAUUUCUCACUUAAAUCUAA